UUAGUAUUAAUUUGUAAAUACAGAACCAUAUGUCAAGUAUAUGUAGAAUAUUAAAAUAAAGUUGGCAAAUAAUUUUAAAUAUUAAUUUGUCUAAAAUAAUUUCUUAUAAAAAAUGAUACAUAGUCUUUUUAUUAUUAAUUCGUCAGGAGAUGUUUUUAUGGAAAAGCAUUGGAAAAGUGCAGUGGCACGAUCAUUAUGUGACUAUUUUUUUGAUCAACAAAGAAGAGUUUUAUCUCCUGAAGAUACACCACCUGUAAUAGCUACACCUCAUCAUUAUCUUAUUAGUAUAUAUCGUUGUAAUAUGUUUUUUGUUGCAGUAUGUAUGACAGAAGUUCCACCAUUAUUUGUAAUAGAAUUUUUACAUAGAGUAGUAGAUACUUUUGAAGAUUAUUUUAGUGAAUGUACAGAAACUAUUAUAAAAGAAAAUUAUGUGGUUGUCUAUGAAUUAUUGGAUGAAAUGUUGGACAAUGGUUUUCCAUUAGCCACAGAAUCUAAUAUUUUGAAAGAACUUAUUAAACCACCAAAUAUAUUAAGAACUAUUGCAAAUACUGUUACAGGAAAAUCUAAUGUUAGUGCAACAUUACCAAGUGGACAAUUAUCCAAUGUUCCUUGGAGACGUACUGGUGUUAAAUAUACAAAUAAUGAAGCAUACUUUGAUGUUGUGGAAGAAGUUGAUGCUAUUAUUGAUAGAACUGGUGCAACUGUAUUUGCAGAAAUUCAAGGCUAUAUUGACUGUUGUAUAAAAUUAAGUGGUAUGCCAGAUUUAACACUUUCCUUCAUGAAUCCUAGAUUAUUUGAUGAUGUUAGUUUUCAUCCUUGUGUUAGAUUCAAACGAUGGGAGUCUGAACGAAUACUUUCUUUUAUUCCACCAGAUGGUAAUUUUCGUCUUCUUUCUUAUCAUAUAGGAUCACAAAGUAUUGUGGCAAUUCCAAUAUAUGUAAGGCAUAAUAUAAGCCUCAAAGAAUUAGGAGGUGGCAGAUUAGAUAUAACUGUUGGACCAAAACAAACCAUUGGCAGAACUGUAGAAAAUGUAACAUUAGAAAUUCCUAUGCCAAAAAUAGUUUUAAAUUGUACACUGACUCCAAACCAAGGAAAAUAUUCAUUUGAUCCUGUUAGCAAAAUACUAUUAUGGGAUAUUGGAAGAAUAGAUGUUUCUAAAUUACCUAAUUUAAGAGGCUCGAUUACUGUUCAAAAUUCUGCCAGUACAAUGGAAUCUAAUCCUGCCAUUAAUGUUCAUUUUACAAUUAAUCAAUUGGCAGUUUCUGGUUUAAAAGUUAAUCGAUUAGAUAUGUAUGGAGAAAAAUAUAAACCAUUCAAAGGUGUUAAAUAUAUUACUAAAGCUGGAAAAUUUCAAAUUAGAAUGUAAAUAAAAAUGUGAAAAAUUUCUCAUAUCAUUCUUAAGACUAAAUACGUAUUUUAAACUUUAUAAGAAUAUAAAUAAUUGAAAAUAAAACGAUA